GCUUCAUGCGCCUUACUGACAUGUACACGCUGAUCAGCUGAUGCUUUCUAAUAUUAUUGUUUUAAUACUUUUUAAUGUCUUUCAGUAGAUAUUUAUAUGUUAUUUUACUGUUUAGGAAUUGACAAAGGAGAUAUUUGUGGAAGCCACAAUGCCUUAUUUUGGUUCAGAGGAGACGGUGAAGGAGCUGAAGAGAGCUCUGUCCAAUCCCAAUGUCCAAGCAGACCGCCUGCGAUACAAAAACUACAUCACCAAAGUCAUCAGGUAUAUGACACAGGGUCUGGAUGUCUCUGCUUUAUUUAUGGACAUGGUGAAAGCCAGUGCCACUGUUGAUAUUGUUCAGAAGAAGCUGGUGUAUCUAUACAUGUGCACUUAUGCCAGCGACAAGCCUGACCUGGCACUGCUGGCCAUUAACACUCUCCGUAAAGACUGCGCUGAUCCAAACCCCAUGGUUCGAGGGUUGGCCCUGAGAAACAUGUGCAACUUCAGGAUGCCUGGGAUAACAGAGUACAUAGAGCAGCCUAUUGUUGCCGGUCUACGUGAUAAGGCCAGUUAUGUAAGAAGAGUGGCUGUUCUUGGUUGUGCCAAAAUGCACAGUCUACAGCCCAACACAGAGAUAGAUGCCAAUCUAGUGAAUGAGCUGUAUGCUCUUCUGAGGGACCCGGAUCCUGUGGUUGUGGUGAAUUGCCUGCGUGCCCUGGAGGAAAUUCUCAAAGAUGAGGGCGGUGUGGUUAUUAACAAACCCAUCACUCAUCACCUUCUCAAUAGAAUGAAGGACUUGGACAGCUGGGCUCAGAGUGAAGUCCUGACCUUCUUACUACGCUACCGUCCUCGUAGCGAUGAUGAGUUGUUCGAUAUCCUUAGCAUACUGGACGGUUUUCUCCAAAGCACUCAGGCUCAUGUUGCAGUUGCUACGCUCCGCCUCUUCCUUCAUUUAGCCGCCGCCCACCCUGCAGUGCAGGCAGACGCCCUCCUGCACACCAGCGCUCCUCUGCUGGCCACAUGUGGUGCUGCAUCACGCGAACUUCGGUUUGCCGGGCUAUGUCAUGUACAGCAGGUCAUGCGAAGUCAGCCCGGUCUUUUUGGCACACACUACAAACGUUUCUUUUGUGGUUACUCUGAACCGAGUUACAUUAAAUUCUGCAAGAUGGCAAUCCAGGUGGAGCUGGUGAAUGAUGAAAACGUGGCUUGGGUUUUGGAAGAACUGAGGAGUUACUGCACCGAUGUGUCUCCUGAGCUUGCCCAGGCAGCCAUUGCCGCUAUAGGCCGUAUAGCACGGACAUACAGUGAGAAGUGUCUGGAUAUCUUGACUGGACUGCUCGCUUUGAAACAAGAUCACAUAACAUCAGCUGUCAUACAGACGUUCAGGGAUUUGGUGUGGUUCUGCCCUCAGAGUACAGUCUCUGUGUGUCAAACUGUGGAGGCCUGUGUUGACUCUCCUCAAGAUAGUGAGGGAAAACAAGCUCUUUUAUGGCUUCUGGGAGAGCAUGGUGAACUCAUCAGUAGUGCCCCCUAUGUACUGGAGGGAUACAUAGACGGGGUAAAGACUGAAAUGUCCUCAUCAGUGAAGAUGGAGCUGUUGACCGCUUCAGUAAAGAUGUUCCUCUGCCGUCCUGCUGAGACUCAAGACAUGCUGGGCCGUCUCUUGCAUUACUGUAUAGAGGAAGAGAGUGACAUGUGUGUGCGUGACCAGGCUCUGCUGUACUACAGACUUUUGCAGCAUGGGGUUGAAGAGACAAGAAAAGUUGUGACGGGACCCAAAUCUGAUCCGUCUAUGAGUGUUCUUACUGGUCAACAACAGGAGCCCAUCAGUGAGUGGGCCUCUGCCUUCAACACUCUUGGCCCGCUGACUGGACGUGAUUUAAGUCUACAAACUGUCAUUAUAUCAGCCUCUGACCAGCCAUUUAGCAAUACAGAAGAGGAGCUGUUGCCAGGAAGUAAAGACAGAAACAAAUCUAGCCCAAAUGGCUCUCAAGAGGAACUGAGUCUGUCUCUAGGUCCUUCUCUAUCCCAUGAGACUUUUGAGAGAAUGUGGCUGGAACUGGAGGUCCUUGACAGACAGACUCUGGGUUUCCCUCUGCCCAGAACUACUCCAGAUACUUUACAAGCUGCCUUACAGAUGAUGAAGAUCCAGACACUAGCCUUCACCCCAGGAGACAUCCAGCCUUGGAAGACUUACCUUUACACAAGGGGCGAUGGUACCCUAAUUCUCGCAGAACUGUUGCAGGGGGACGCGGACAGUGAAGGAAGCUUGGUGGUAUCUGUCAAACAGCAGCCUGCAAACCAACAUGCCAUUAGAGGAUUUGUGUCAAUACUCAAGAGCGUACUGCAGACUCUUAAUCCUGACAGUUUAUGAUGCAACUCUCAAAAUUAGGACCUUAAAAUUCUGUUUUUCUCUAAAGCCUUACCAUUUGGAGAAAAAUGGCCUAUUGUGCUGUGAUUAAACUGAAACAUGUCUAAUAGUGCAAAUGACUCCCCAAUAAAAUAGUAUUGUAAAACAAUUAAAUCUGGUCCACUCAUUUAAAUUGCCUGAUAUUGCUUAUAACAACACUGGGAUGCAUCACUGUUUGUAUCACUCCUCUUGUCUGUGUUUCAAGUGCUCAGUGCUGGGCAACACAAAAAUCGUGAUAAUUCUUUGACUACAGAAAUUAAAAUUAAAAGGCUUCCUUUAGUAGCACAUUACAGCAUCAGCUUCUUCUAAUAUAAGUUCAGCCACUGUAAUUGUGGCAAGUUGUUUUCUUUAGAAAGUAUGAGUGAACUCAUAAUAUUUCUUAACCGGCUUUCAAUACGUCACAAGGCUGUCAUGCAGAACUGCACAAUUGUGUUCCGGUAAUCUGGUGAGCUAUGCACAGAUAAGUUAACCUUUGAAAAUGUGUUGUGUUCUCAUCUAGCACUUGAAAAGCCAAUGAACUAGUUUUUCCACUCGAGCUCUGUUUGAAAUAUAUAAUUUUAUAUUUCAUCCUGCUGCUGAAAAAGUGUCACAGUCACAGUAUGUACAGUACAUGUAUUAUAUGCAUGUAUGUAUUUGUUGUUAUUAUUAAUGUAUUAAUACUUUUUUUUUAUUAAUAAGCUACUCAUUCUUUAAAACA